GCUCUCGAGAUCUGAGUCGAACGACAGUUUUUGCUCCAAGAGAAAAUACAGAAGAAGAGAAAAUGGAAGGUCAAAUGAUCGUUGUAUUUAGUCUUUGCCUGAUUGGAAUGUGGGGUACAAGCGAAGCCGUAACGGGGAUCUUUGACUGUGACAGCAAUGGUUACCAAUACAAAUCAUGUUGCACAGGGGUCCGGGGUAUUUCGGCCAGUGUGAUGACCAAGAGAUCAAGAUCCUCCUGCGACGCAGGAUACUCAUUCGCUGUAAAUGGCUGUAGCCUAUGGGUCAAUCACGGGUGCAGAGCCCGCUUCUACGUCGAUUUCAACUGCAGAAAUUUGAAAACGAGCAAAGCCGAUUGCAGCAGUCACAAUUAUAAAUACGCCGAAUGUCGCGUCGGUGGAGUCAUAACUUCUAUCAAUGUGGCCAAGAAGUACUCCCGUUCCAGCUGUGACUUCAACAAAAGCUUCGGUUUCCUUGGCAACAAAAUCUGGGUAGACGAUGGGUGCAGGGCCUCUUUCACUGUCCAGUAUUGCGCUGACCGGAAGUGUUCUUGUUAAACCACGCUGUCUUCAGUGCUCCAGUAUAUCGAUAUAAAAUGUUUUAUGAACUUAUUGCGGAUAUAACUCAUUUUGAUAAAGAUA